UGUUUCUACUUUUCUCACGACUGGGUCAUAUCGAGAGUAGUACUGUAAUGGCCGUUUCUGACUUGGAGUCGGUGAUGGAUAAUGUCGGGGUCCGCAACCACACUUCCUUUCGUGUGCGAGCUCAUCGUCAUUGGAGUACGUACUCUGAGUGCUUCGAGCCAAUAACGGAAAUCGACAGCGCGUCCUGCCGGUCUGUGUGGAGAUGAAACCGACAUGUGGCAUUGGAUUCUCCACUCAAUACGUCUCCCCCACGGUGGCAAACAAUGGGAGCUCGGUGCUGAUUUCUGUUUUUCCGCAGAAGUAAGCGAAGAGAUGCUAAUUUUUUUCCAGAAGAGCUGCUUCCAACUCGGACAGAAUUCAACCCAACCUCGCAAACGAGGGAUUCUCCUCAAACAACAAUCUCAAAAUGAGCGACCCAACCGUCUCGACCAGUUUCAAAUGCAAAUCCCGGCCAUUUACAAGCUCUCGCCGUCCAAGUUGGUCAGAGCCAGCAUCGCCCAGGGCAAUACCUCCGCUUUCUUUAAAAUUAAAGGCAGAGCUAUUAUCAUAGAAGGAACCGCAGAUGCGGUCGCAGAUGCCAAGCAAGCCCUGGGCCGAGAAGUCGAACGCCAAUUUCACGGCUGGGCUCCGCACGCAAAACGCCUGUUUUUCACCUUGCCAAGCGGGAUUCAUGACGAGGAUUUGUCCGAGCUGAAGAUGGAGACGAUCGCGUGCGCAAGAGGACUUACAAACUUGAGGGCGGAUAAAAAGCAGGAGCUGUGGGCUUCAUUCGGUCGCCUAGUCCACCGAGGCAAUGACGGUCCGGCGACAAUAGUAAGUGCUAGAAAGACACGGGGCUGGGGUACUUGGUUCGAAGCUAGGGAAUACAGUGAGGAUGAGAUUACCCGGUUGAUGCAGUGUUUCGAGAACGAGGAGGGAUUUUUUAGGAUGUACAAGGAUACAAGGAAAUCGUAUGCUAUUCUCGUCGACUUGCACGGCGAUCUACGGGUUCCGCAGAUCCGAGUUGCGUGCAAAGACGACAUGGAGCCGCCGAGGCAGGACGUGCGAUUGAGCGCCAAAAGAAUCAUGGGAAAGCAUUUUUGUCUGGAUCUCAUCCCGUCACCAGUCAACCCUACUGCGACGACGAUGGAGAACACACGAUGGAGAACACACCACCCGCCGCCGCAACCAACCCUUCAGGCAUCCGCAUAUACGCCGCCUCCCAAAUUCCCAUCCCCAAGCCCUCCCCCGACCUUCUAGACGCAACGAAAAGCAUCCUCGCCGGCAACUCAACCAAC